AUGCCCAGCAAGAUGCGCCUCUCUGAUGGGGGUCCCGCCUUCAGCAUGGCCACGGUGAUGGACAUCAAGAACCUCUUGAUGCAAGACGUGCGGCUUCAGCGCAGGUUCGCAGGCAGCCGUGCGGAUACCCUGCUCAAGGAGAUACACCGCCUAGAGGAUGAGGACAAGGAACUAGAGAAUCUGGUAGAGAAUCUACACAAGGAGGUGAAGCAGAUUGCGGAUGCAGCAUCUCGCCUCCAGGACAUGGCAGAUAAGGAGGACAUGGAGGCAAGAGCAAAGAGGGAGAAGUUGAAGAAUUGCUUGGAGCAACUUGUGAAGGACCAUGCAGACAUACUUUCUGACCCUGACUCCUUUGCCGAAGGCUAUAACAAGAGGCUGAAGGAGAUUGGCAACAUCGUUGAUGCCAGCAAGAGUCCCUCUGGCUGCUUGAUCGACCUGGAGGAGUCGGCAAUGCCCAGCAUUGGGACAACCAACCAGACCUCCCCACUGUCGAAGCUGAACAGGGCGCAUAGGCGCAAGUUGCUAGUGCAGGUUGAGCUGGACAGGAUAGAAGAAGAGCUGAAGAUUGAGAUAGAGCGCAGUGCGGUGUCGGAGCCAGCGUCGCACCCUGUGUUCGGCUCCGAUGAUGACGAAGAUGACGUGGACUUGCGUGUGAAUGAUGACGGUUCACUGCAGUCCAGGGUGAGCGAUGGAGAAGGUGCCAGCGAAAAUGACCUUUUGGAUGAUGGUGGGGAUAGUGCAUGCCGGCUGGGUGGGGAGGGGCCGAGGGGAUAG